CCUUAUCCUCCCCGACCCACAUUACCUUACUCUGCUCACUAUGGCAUGUACAACACCCACUGCAUUCCGUACAACCUCACCAGCUCUCCUCAACUCCGAACCUUUCUUCUCACCCACAAAUCUCCCAUAUCGGACCCUCCGGGUCAUGCCGGGUCGGGUCAACACCAUAAGAUGCAAAGCCAACCGGUCCGCUUACUCUCCACUUAAUUCCGGGUCGAACAAUUACGGUGACCGCCCGCCCACUGAAAUGGCUCCGCUUUUUCCGGGUUGCGAUUAUGAGCACUGGCUUAUAGUUAUGGAUAAACCUGGAGGCGAAGGUGCUACUAAACAGCAAAUGAUUGAUUGUUAUAUUCAAACUUUAGCCAAAGUUGUUGGAAGUGAGGAAGAGGCCAAGAAGAAGAUAUACAAUGUUUCAUGUGAAAGGUACUUUGGUUUCGGAUGUGAGAUUGACGAGGAGACAUCAAAUAAGCUUGAAGGUUUGCCUGGUGUUCUUUUUGUUCUUCCAGAUUCAUAUGUCGACCCUGAGAACAAGGAUUACGGAGCUGAGCUGUUUGUGAAUGGAGAAAUAGUUCAAAGGUCACCUGAAAGACAAAGAAGAGUGGAGCCAGUGCCCCAGAGGGCUCAAGACAGACCCAGAUAUAAUGAUCGAACACGUUACACCAGGCGUCGUGAGACUUCACGGUGACCACUGACCUCUGUUAUAAUAUUCAUUUUUAUGCAUUUGGUUGGGGGAAAAGUCUAUAUCAUGAGAAGAUAAAGUAUCUGAGGACCUGUUCUGCUUUCAUGUAAGCUCCAUGGCUAUGGGACAUUCAGUGAUUUAGCUGAAAAUUUGAAAAUGUUGGGUACUUCAUUGUCUGUAUGGCUCAAGCAAGUUCAUUCAUCUGUAAAAUUUUACUAGUAUAUUUUAUUUGUGAUCUUUUUUGGUGUAGUUUAUCUUGAAAGUUUACCCUUCUAGGCAGAAUUAGUCAGUCCCGGUAUCCAUAUCAAGUUUCUAGUGGUGACUGUAUUCGAAGGAUCUAAAUAGUUUCGUGCAACUGUAGUACUCCUGUGUUAUCUAUUCUGAAUUAUUUCGA